AUGGCGGAUAAGAAAGAGGAGAAAUCUCAGGUGGCGGCAGACAGAAUAAAAGCCGCAGCCUUGAGCGCAGCGAAGGGUCUGAGUCGAGCCCAGGCCGAAAGGGCAGCCACCGCUGCUGCCCGCAACGUGAACGCUUAUGGUCAGAAGGAAGAAGGGCCCAGCAGAUGGCAGGAGAAGAGGGAAGCCAAGAGGCAGAUGUACUUGAUGAGUACAGAGAAGCAAGUUCGAUUGGGUGAGAGGAAAGACAUCAAGUCCUCCAUGACUGCAGCUGGGGGCACAGCGCAAUGCCAGAAGUGUUUCCAAGCCGGGCACUGGACGUUCGAGUGCAAGAACGAGAGGGUUUACAUGGCGCGACCGUCCAGAACCCAGCAGUUGAAGAACCCCAAGUUGAAGAUGAAGGUUUCGAUAUCUUACGAUUUGGAAGACCUGCCUGAAACUAAAGAGGAAGAAGAGAAGGGGAAGGGGAAGGGAAAGGGUAAGAAGGUGGAGAAGAAGAAGAGCAAGAGGAAACAUAGGUCGGAUUCUGACUCCAGUGAUAGCGAGGCUUCGGUUUUCGAGACUGAUAGCGAGUCCUCAUCAGUUACUGGUUCGGAAUCUUCGUCCGCGGAGAGUAGUUCGGAGGAUUCCAGUUCGUCGUCUGAUUCGGAGGAAGAGAAGAGGCGGAGGAGGAGGAAGAAGAAGCAGAAGAUGAGAUCGAGGCGUAGGAGGUACAGCUCGUCCUCGGAGUCUUCUGAUUCUGACUCGGGUUCGGAGUCGGAUUCUGAGGAGGAUAGGAGCAGCAAACGAAAGAAGAAACCCAGCAAAAAGCGUUGA